AUGGAAGAUGAAGAUAACGAUAUAGAAUGGUAUUUUGGUUCACAGGCUUCCAUUCCCAAGAAUGGUUCUACUGCUUCAGCAACUUCUAGCAAAAAUGCUUACCUUGACGUACAAACCGAAGAAUCUAAGACUGAAAAGAACGCACAAAAAGUCGACGAUACUAAUGGUUCCUCUGAAUACAGCACUAGUGAAGACGAUGAUUCGUCAGCUGAGGAUAUAGUUUUUGAUCUCCAGAAAUUGCGGCGUGAACAGAUCAAGCUUAACUUACCAAACGGAUCUGAUACAUCAAAUAGUUCACAGUUGGAGGAUGUUCCUGAAAAUGGGUCUAACGAGCAGCAUAUAAAACAUGCGGUCCGUAAUCCUCUUUGUCCAGUUAAAUCUGCGCAAAGACCUUCAGUUCAUAUGCUUAAUUAUGAAAAGUUUAAAGCAUCAACAAAAUAUUUUUCACCACCGGAUUCUCAUAUUGAUGAUGGAUCUGCUUGGAUUCCUAAAGUUAAACGGACACGACUUCCUAUUGAAUCUCGCAGAGACGAUAUUAUUAAUAUUAUUCGAGAAAAUAAAGUAGUUGUGUUGAGUGGAAGUACAGGAUGUGGCAAGCGCCGUAUCGCUGCAACUUCUCUUGCACACCGGGUUUCUUCUGAACGGGGAACCAAGCUUCGUGGGCAAGUGGGAUUUCAUAUUGGUGGUAAAAAUGGUUAUUCUUCGUCAACUCGAUUACUAUACGUCACAACGGGAAUUUUGUUGGAAAUGUUAAAAGCUGACCGAUAUUUAAAGUCUUACACUCAUGUAAUCAUGGAUGAGGCUACUAUGAAUACCAAAAAGUUUACUGAAUAUUUUCAUGAAUUUGAAAUCGAGAAAGAUGGUAUUAUAUCGAAAAUCCCAUGGAUAGAUGUACCCGCAAAGAAUUUUCCAGUUGAUGUGUUCUAUCUGGAAGAUAUUUGUCAGGGCCUGGAAGUUACUGAAGCACAUCAAACACUGAUUAUGAGUGAGCCUAAGAAACCCGCAAUGAUGCAAGAACGACGGGAUAUUUUAAUAGACUGGAUUAUGCAUUGCCAUGCUACAUGUUCGGCUGAUGAAGCAUUUUUGGUUUUCUUGCCAGGAAUAUCUGUCAUUGCUGAAGUGAUCAUAUUGGCAACCAAUGUUGCCGAAAGUUCAAUAACGGUCCCUGACGUACGAAUUAUAUUUGAUUCCUGCUUGCGCAAGGACGUGUAUUAUGACAAAGCCACAAGAUGUUAUAGUCUGAAUGAGCAAUGGAUAAGUAAAGAUUGCGCCGAACAACGACGCGGAAGGGCUGAUCCUCCUGAUGAUACUGCAGUUGAUUACGCAUUAGAAGAUUUGGAAGCAACGGGAGCUGUCACCAAGUCUGUCCCAAUUAUUAGGGAAACAGAUGACUGGGUUCAAGGAAGCAUAACAACCUAUGAAUACGAAGUGACUAGACUUGGAUCGAUUCUAGCACAGCUCCCAAUUGAUCUUCAUUCAGGACUAUUAGUUGUAUAUGGUGCCAUAUUUGGGUCCUUAUAUGACACUAUGAUUAUUGCGGGUGUUAUUGUGCAGCCACCUAAUCAGGAAAUAGCUAUUAGUGCGGCAAUUAAAAGAUUCCAUUUAAAUUUGCCUAGUGAAUAUAAAUUGCAAGGAGGUUCUGACUUAAUAUCCCACCUUCGUGCUUAUUUGUUUUGGGAGGAGACAACACAAAAUGACAGUGAAUUUGAUAGGACCAAUGAAUUAAAUUGGUGUCAACAACAGUUUAUUAGUUUAUACUGGAUACGUGAAAUUCAAGAUUUAGUGAUCACUAUCAGAGAAUCGUUAUCUUAUCAAAAUAUAUGUUCACCUCCAACGAAGCAAGAACGAGACAAGAUAC